GGGAAGGCGAACAUCCAGAAGUGGUAGUCCAGGUGGACUGUUUCCAGCAGUUACAGGAAAAUCUACAGCAGCAGAUAAGGUAGGUGUGGCAAAGGGGAAAAGCUACAGCAGCAGAUAAGUGAACGCCUCUUUCCUGAGUCUCAAGUUGCCCUUACAUCUUUAUUCAUCGCAGAAAGGGUGGAUAAAAUUCUUCAGGGGGAAGGCGAACAUCCAGAAGUGGUAGUCCAGGUGGACUGUUUCCAGCAGUUACAGGAAAAUCUACUGCAGCAGAUAAGGUUAUUCGACAGAAUGGCCCAAACUGAAGAUUUUUAUUUCCAGUACAAAAAAUGUAACUUUGUCUCCUCCAUCUACACAAGAGAACAUUUAGAGCAACUGGAACUUUUCGAAAUAAGGGAUAGCGAUGUGUUUGUGGUGACAUACCCAAAAUCCGGCACUGUUUGGAUGCAGCAGAUUGUGAGUUUGAUCAAUUCUGAUGGUGACCCAACUGAAGUACAAAACACACAAGCACACAAGCGGGUCCCUUGGAUUGAGGUGCCUCCCUCAAAUUUUCAAUUACGUCCAUCACCUCGCUUGAAUGUCACCCAUUUACCCUACCAUUUAGUUCCAAAGGAGUUGAAAGAAAAAAAGGGAAAGGUUAUUUAUGUUGCUCGAAAUCCAAAGGAUGUAAUAGUGUCAUCAUAUCAUUUCCACAAUCAUCUUGCCUUCUAUGAAUCAUCAAAGGAUUUUUCAGAUUUUCUGGAAAAAUUCAUUGAUGGUGCACUGGAAUUCAGCUCCUGGUUUGACCACGUAAGGGAAUGGUACAAUCACAGGGAUGAAUUCAACUUCAUGUACAUUACUUAUGAAGAAAUGAAGAAGGAUCUCAGGGCGUCAAUACUAAAGAUAUGUUCCUUCCUUGGGAAGCACUUGGACAAUGAAAAGCUCAACACAGUAUUGGAACUCUGCACCUUCAACACAAUGAAAGUAAAUCCGAUGGCCAACUAUGAAAAAGUUCCCAAAAAAUCCAAUGAUGGGGCAUUUCUUCGAAAAGGCACAAUUGGCGACUGGAAAACUCAUUUCACUGUUGCCCAAUCUGAGAUGUUUGACAGGAUUUUCCAAGAAAAAAUGAAGGACUUCCCUUUAUCAUUUGUAUGGGACCAGGAAUAAAUAAGGGGCAGAUUCGUAAAACUUCAAGGAUGUAAUGUUCUGGUAAUUAGUGAGGGGAAAUGUUUGCGGGUAGAGUUUUUGCAACACAUCUCUAAGCAGUUUUUAUUGUAAUGGAUCAUUUAAGAAAGUUUAAUAUUUUACUAAAUAAGCAUUUAAAUCUUCAAAUCAUCUGAUGUACAGAGACUGGGACUAUAGAUUAACUUAAGGACUUGACAGCUUGCUGGUUGACUCAUCACUUUUCUAAAUGUUGGCAACAUGAAAUAAGACAUCUAUUUUCGUGGAAAGCACUUGUAUUUUAGAAUUUGAGUUCUGAUAAUCCCUAACAAUUUACAAAUGUUCGGAGGCACGAAACUGGAGAGAAAAUGGGGGAUCUCUGUUUAUCUGUGAGAAGCAGCAACA